AUGUCAGAGAAAAUCGAAGAAAAGGACGAUUUUAGAAGCGUCGACGUCGUGACAGUCCAUGAUGAUUCAGAACACCCUGCCCCUACAGAAGAAGACUGGAAGAACCUGCGCGAGGUCGGCGAUCAUGUGCCCUUCUCUGCUUUCCUUGUCAUUCUGAUUGAGCUGUGCGAGCGUUUCACUUACUACGGCUUAACUGGCCCUUUCCAGAAUUACAUUCAACAGCCUGCGCCUCCGGAAGGCUAUCCCGCUGAACAGCCUGGUGCUAUGGGCAAAGGACAACAGACUGCUACUGCCUUGACGACUUUCUUCCAGUUUUGGUGCUAUAUUACACCGAUUCUCGCUGCUAUCGUCUCGGAUCAGUACCUUGGAAAAUACAAAACCAUCCUCGCAUCAUCUAUCAUCUACAUGGUUGGCUUGCUCAUCCUUGUGUGCACCUCCAUCCCCACUGCUAUCGAACACAAUGCCGCAUUCCCUGGCUUCAUCGUCAGUAUCAUCUUGAUCGGUUUGGGCACCGGCGGCAUCAAAUCCAAUGUCUCGCCGCUCGUCGCUGAACAAUACCAAAGCAGGGCACCUUUUGUUCGCACCCUCAAGAAUGGCAACCGCGUCAUCGUUACCCCACAAGCAACAUACCAACGCAUGUUCAACAUGUUCUACUUUGGCAUCAACGUCGGUGGUCUUUCUGCCAUUGCUACCACCGAAAUGGAAAAGAACAUUGGUUUCUGGUCAGCUUACUUGUUGCCCCUCUGCAUGUUCGUCGUCUGCAUUAUCGUUGUCGUCCUUGGCCGCAACCGCUACAUCGAAGCCCCACCACGUGGUUCGGUCUUCUUGGAAGCUGGCAGACUUAUUCGGUUUUACUUCAAGACCAAGAGCAUGGAAGCCUGCAAGCCAUCCAACCUCAUCAAGACCCAUCCCGAAUUGGCAGCCAAGGCUACCUGGGACGAUAUCUUUGUUGAUGAGCUCCGCCGUGCUCUCAAGGCUUGUGUCGUCUUCUGCUGGUUCCCCAUCUACUGGCUUUGCUACCAGCAGAUCACAAACAACUUGAUCUCCCAGGCUGCUACCAUGUUGACAGGUAAUGUGCCCAACGAUAUCAUGCAAAACAUCGAUCCUAUUGCUUUGGUUAUCUGUAUUCCCAUCAUGGACAGAAUUGUUUAUCCUCUCCUCCGCCGUUUCGGCUUCCCCAUGCGUCCCAUCAUGCGUAUCUCCAUCGGUUUCUUUUUUGCUGCAGUCGCAAUGGGUUACUCUGCCGGUGUUCAGUCUAUGAUCUACCGCACUCCUCCCUACUAUGAUCAUCCUGAUGGCAACACCAACUGGAUUUCUGCUGCCUACCAGAUCCCAUCAUACUUCUUUAUCGCCUUAUCUGAAAUUUUUGCCUCUAUUACCGGGUUGGAAUACGCCUACAAGAAGGCUCCUCAGUCCAUGAAGUCAAUCGUCAUGGCUUUGUUCUUGUUCUCCAACUGUUUUGCUUCCAUCUUGAGUUUCGCCCUUGUAUCCGUGACCGUUGAUCCCAAACUCACCUGGAUGUACACUGGUAUUUCCUGUGCUGCCGGUGCUUGUAUGGUCCUUGUUUACUUCUUCCAUCAUAAGCAAGACAAGACCGAUGUUGAAGACGAUGCUAUCGCUCGUGAUGAUGCAGAAAUGGAGAAGUAUUAUCACAAAACCGAGAAAGAAACGGAAUUCGAGCCCAAGGAACUUGCUUAA